AUGGUCGAUAACCUAUAUCUAGAUCAAAUUGGAGGGAGAAAAAAAAUGUUGUUUUUUUUUGUUCCCUGGGGGGUACCAGGGCAAAAAUUUUUUCAAAAAACCUUUUUUUUCUUUGUUUUAAAAAAAAAAGAUAUAGUUUUGUUCAGAAUUUGAUGCUGAUUCUAACCAUGUAAUUUUUUUCAAAGAAUGUUGGGGGCGGAAAAAUGGCCUUACCGCCACUUGUCCUUUGUUUGUUUUUUUAUUCUCUCAAGAGUUACUAAAGAAUACUGUUACCAUUCAGGCAAACAAUAUAACUAUGGAAAUAGGAUAAAAAAUAAUAAUUAUCUUACUUAAUUAUUAUGAAUAAGAAAAAAGUGUAGAGAAAGAUGAAUUAUAUAUUGUUCUCCAUUUAUUCUAGAAUCUCAAACAAUGAGCCCUCAUCAUCAUUAUCAUUACCAUCGAGUAAUUCAUCAAGUAGUAAUACAACGCCUGUAUUAUCUUCUGUUUCAUCAAUGAAACCAGUAUCAUUGAUGUCAAUAGAACUCAAUGAUACAUAUGAUGUGAGUUCAAGAAGAGAUUCUUCUUCAACAGCAAACAAUAUCAACAACAAUCGUUGGUGA